AUAUGUCCAAGAACAGCUGGAGCUAGACCCAAAUGAUAUGAACUACCAUACAUUUGCAAAAAUAUUUGAAGCAUUUAAGAUUACAGAACCAGAGAAACCCAAGGAGGUAAAAGCAGAGCCUAAGGAAGAAAAGAAAGAUGAUGUUCCUAUCAAAGCUAAAGGUCUCAUUGAUGAUGAUGAAGAUGAUGAAGUAACAAUUCUGAAAAAUUCUGAUGUCAGCAGUUUUGCCAGUUUUGAAAAAACUCAGUUUGCAAUGAGACUAGCUACUACACUACUGUGGCAGUUCUUAUGUCUGGUGACAAGACCAGAUGUUGUAGAGAUGCAUGAUGUCACAGCCAGAGACCCUAGGUUGUUGGUACAUCUGAAGGCUGCACGAAACUCAGUUCCUGUUCCAAGACAUUGGUGUUAUAAACGCAAAUACCUUCAAGGCAAAAGGGGUAUUGAGAAGCCUCCUUUUGAGUUGCCUGACUUUAUUAAAGCAACAGGCAUCGAAGAAAUGAGAGCCGCACUACAGGAGAAGGAAGACCAGAAGACAUUGAAAUCAAAGAUGAGAGAAAAAGUUCGCCCAAAGAUGGGGAAAAUUGACAUAGACUACCAGAAACUUCAUGAUGCUUUUUUCAGAUUCCAAACAAAGCCCAAGAUGACAAUUCAUGGGGACCUUUACUAUGAAAAGAAGCCUGGCAAUUUGAGCGAUGAUCUGAAACUGGCUUUGGGAAUGCCUGUUGGGGCUUUGUAUAAAGAGAAGGUACCACCACCAUGGCUGAUUGCCAUGCAGAGAUAUGGGCCUCCACCCUCAUACCCCAACCUGAAGAUUCCAGGACUGAAUGCACCGAUUCCAGAGGGCUGUAUGUUUGGUUAUCAUGCCGGCGGGUGGGGGAAGCCGCCAGUAGAUGAGCACGGAAAACCCUUGUAUGGUGACGUCUUUGGUACUCAAGGAUCAGACUUCAAGAAUGAAGUUGAGGAGGAGGAAAUAGACCAGAGCCAGUGGGGAGAGCUGGAAUCUGAAUCAGAGUCUGAGGAGGAAUCUGAGGAAUCCGAGGAGGAGGAGAAAGAUGAUACAGGCCUGAUUACUCCUGCAGAAGGCUUGAUGACUCCCGGGGGCAUCACAUCUGUUCCUGUGGGAAUGGAAACCCCAGACCAGAUUGAGCUGAGGAAGAGGAGGAUUGAGGAUGCCAUGGACCAAGGAGGUGACACACCUGCAUUGUAUCAAGUAUUACCUGAGAAGAAGGCGGCACCUGUGGGAGCAGCCAUGAUGGGAUCGGCCCAUGUGUAUGACAUUUCUGCUAUUCAGAAGAAACCAGGUGAUAAGGGAGCAGCAGAAACUGUAGAAGUGUCCUUGAACCCUGAGGAGCUUGACCUGGACACAGCAGCAAUGCAGGCGAAGUAUGAGCAGACGGUGCGGGAACAGCAGUCGCAGUUAGAGAAGGAAGACCUUAGUGACAUGGUGGCAGCACACGCAGCUAAACAACGGAAACGCAAGAAAGCUCAGCAAGAUACCGGGAAAGGGUCCAAAAAGUACAAGGACUUCAAGUUCUAG